CCUUCCGCUCCGACCCUCCACCAAACCUCUUGGUCCUCUCCAUCUAAGAUAAUUCUGUAUCCUCACGAAAGGGAGAGCUCGCCGGCUAGAACGCCUCGCUUUGUCAUCGUGAUAAGUGAAGGGUUUCGUCGCCGGAGCUCCUCCUGAUACCGAUUGAGACUUCGGGUAUCGGCGAUCUUAGUCGGCCGACGUCUGAUCUACCUUUAGCGGAUCGAAUCCUUUCCGCUUUCACCGGAGAAAAAAUUACUUAAUUAAGGCGAUUGCAUAUUAUUCACCAGCAGCAUGAAGAAAGCCUUUGAUCAAACUGUUAGGGAACUAAAGAGAGAGGUCAACAAAAAGGUUUUGAAGGUACCUGGAAUUGAACAGAAGAUCCUUGAUGCAACAAGCAAUGAACUUUGGGGUCCUCAUGGGUCGCUUCUGGCUGAUAUUGCACAAGCUACACGAAAUUAUCAUGAGUAUCAAAUAAUAAUGCAUGUGAUUUGGAAGAGGCUCAAUGAUACUGGCAAAAAUUGGCGUCACGUAUAUAAGUCCUUGACAAUUUUGGAAUACCUGGUUGGGCAUGGAUCUGAACGAGUUAUUGAUGAGAUCAGGGAACAUGCUUACCAAAUAUCAACUCUAUCUGACUUCCAAUACAUUGAUUCUAGCGGAAAGGAUCAGGGGAAUAACGUACGAAGAAAAUCUCAAGCACUCGUUUCCCUUGUUAAUGAUAAAGAAAAAAUACAGGAGGUUAGACAGAAAGCACUUGCAAACAAAGACAAGUAUCGUCCCACUUACGGUUCGAGUGGAUCAUAUAAGCCAGGUUAUGGUGACCGUUAUGAUGAUGAUCGUUAUGGAGGUAGAGAUGAUGAUCGAAAUGGCUAUGGGAGAGGAAAAGAUUCGAGUUACAGAGAUGAUGAAAGGUAUGGUAGAGGUGGAGACUUCAAUAGGUAUGGUGACGGGUUCGGUAAAGAUUUUGAUGAACACUCCGGACGAGGAAGUUACAAAAAUGAUGAUGAUAGCAGAAGUGGACGGGGUAAUAAUGAUGAUUAUACAUUUGGUCCAAGAAGUAAGAGUUUUGACAAAGACAAAGAUCAUUCAUACGAGGAAGAUGAUAGUUACUCCUAUCGAAAUGGCGGUGAUAGGGCCAAUGAUGCUUCUCCCGAUGAAAGGAACCCUGAACGAAAGCUUUCAGAACAAGGUGCUGGUGCACCGCCCAGCUAUGAAUCAGCAAUAAGAAGUGAUAACAAUAUUUUGCGGGAUGAGAGGAAUGAAGGGGUUGGAACAGCAGCUGCCCCCAAAGAUUUGUCGCCGACCGUGCCUAAAACAUCAUCCCCUCAGAAUAAUCAUCAUGGAGAGCACCACGCUGCUACAGGAGUGCAUUCAUCACCCAUGACAAUGGAUGAUUCUUCUUUUGAUGAAUUUGAUCCCCGCGGCUUCACCCCAGCUGUAAAUUUUGCUCCACUGGCUGCCAGUUCUGCUUCACCAGCUGCCAGUGAUUCAGUCGUAGAUCUCUUUGGGAACUCAUCGACACUUGAUCCAGUGAAUUCUUUGGCCCUUGUGCUGACUUCUCCGACGACAACAACGAAUGAUACAGAGGUGGCAACCACAGAUUCAGGCUUUGGGACAAAUUUUGUGGCCUUGUCAUCAGCAUCUGCUGCAUUAAGCCAGCCUACUGAAGAUCCAUUUGGAGAUGGUCCUUUUAAGGCUUUUCCACAAGAGAAUUUUUCAAGUCAGGUACAAACCUCUGUGUCAGCAGCUUCUUCUGCUCCUUCCUUCCCACCAUCUGUCCAAUCAAUGUCAACUCCUGAGCCUGUCACACCUUUAAGCCCAUUAAUGGAGUCUUCGUUGGACUUCGGUUUUGGGGAUUCAUUAAGUGCUCUAAGCUACACCCCUUCUGUUGCAACCAAUCCCAUCUAUUCUUCACACCCAACACUUAUUGCUUCAGAGUUUCCACCAGCUCAUUCAUCGAUUCCACAAGCUACUCCUUUAACCAUACAGUCAGUUCAACCGAUGUUUCAACAGAAUGUUCUGGCAGCCCAGUCAUCGAUUCCACAAGCUACUCCUUUAACCAUACAGUCAGUUCAACCCAUGUUUCAACAGAAUGUUCUGGCAGCCCAGUCAUCCAUUCCACAAGCUACUCCUUUACCCAUACAGUCAGUUCAACCCAUGGUUCAACAGAAUAUGCUGGCAGCUCAGUCAUCGAUUCCACAAGCCACUCCUUUACCCAUACAGUCAGUUCAACCCAUGGCUCAACAGAAUAUUGUGGCAACUCCACAGAAUUUUCCGCAGCAGCCGGGGCUGUCUUUUCCUGUAACUCAACGGCCACCGACUACCAAUGUUUCCGGACCAUCGAAUGUGAAGCAAUCAAAUGAUACAUUCGAGACGAAGUCAUCGGUUUGGGCUGAUACGUUGAACCGAGGUCUCGUUAACCUAAACAUUUCUGGAUCAAAAACCAAUCCAUUGGCAGAUAUAGGGGUGGACUUUGAUUCCAUUAAUAGGUUGGAAAGAAGGAAAGAGAAGGAAAAAGGUUCUGCAAAUCCUCUCACUUCUACUGUCACUAUGGGCAAAGCCAUGGGCUCAGGGUCCGGAAUCGGCCGUGCGGGAGCUGGGGCCAUUAAUCCAACAAGGCCCGCUAUGGGAUUGGGAAUGGGGAUGGCCAUGGGCGGCGGUGGGAUCGGAAUGGGUGGCCCCGGUGCAAUGGGAAUCGGUGGUUACAACGGUCCCAUGAAUCAGCCCAUGGGCAUGGGCGGAGGAAUGGGCAUCGGCCAAGGAAAUUAUAUUCGUGCUCGGCCCGAAACGCAAUCCCCUACACCAAGCUUUCCCGGGUCAGGCUACAAUUCCAUGGUGGGGAUGGGAGGCUACGGUUCUCAGCAACCAUAUGGUGGCGGAUAUAGGUGAAUGAACCCGGAAACUUUUCGGAAAGCAUAAAUACAGCCAAUACAUUAGAGAGAGGGUGUUACAAAAAAUUCAUGUUCUUGGAAAGAUUUCCUCUUAUAGUUUAGCUCAAGAAAACUUCUUGCAUUAAUGAUCAUUAUUGUACUUGUACUUAAUCUUUAGAUUAAUCAAGGAACAAUAUUGAUCACUAGCAUAAGAAUUUUUCUUGAACUAAGCUAAGUGGAGAAAUCUCUCCCAUUCUUGACACUUUUCUGUAGUUUUUUUUUUUUUAGUUUUUCUGGGUGCAUUAUUGGUGUAUGUUGGGAUGUAUUUCUAUACAUAGUACAGGUGAUGAUGUCAGUCUUUGAAGUGUUAUGCUGCAACUAUCUCUGUUGUGCCUGAAGCUUCUACUGGAUUUCUGCAUUCAGAUUCGUCCACAGCGUAAUCAACGUCUGGAAUGGGGGUAUUGUGAUAUUGUUAUUAUAUUAUUGCAGUUGAGGAAGAGAGUACUAUUAUAUAAUAAUUCAUUUGUUUUUUUUGUUGUUUUGAGAGGAAC